GGCCUUGUGGUCCUGGCUCUCCAGCUCCGCGCCGGAGCCCGGACUUGGCCGCGAGGCUGUGCCCUUCCCCGGGACGCCGUGGAGCUCGGUGUGGAGUUGGCUGCGGAAGCCUCCCGGCGGUGGCUUUCAUCUAUUUUUGGUGGUGAAAGUUUUUCCCAUCCGCGUUUUAAUGCGUUGACGGAGUUUGCAGUACUCUACCUCUUCACGACCCCGACCCCGAGUGAUUUCCUUCCCUGGACUGUAAACGUGUUUUCCUCCGAUCGGCGCUGACGACCAGAGAUGAAGAUUUUAUAGUUGUCUAAAAACUACGUCGAAAUAGGGCUCAAGAUGGAUAAAAAGUCCUUUGAGACGGUGCUGGAUGAAAUCAGGAAGGCUGUCUUGACAGAAUAUAAAUUAAAAGCAAUUGAAUACGUGCAUGGAUACUUCUCUAGUGAACAGGUGGUUGAUUUAUUGAGAUACUUUUCCUGGGCAGAGCCUCAGUUGAAAGCAAUGAAAGCAUUACAGCAUAAAAUGGUAGCUGUUCAUCCAGCAGAAGUGGUCAAUAUACUCAACUGCUUCACCUUCAGUAAAGACAAGCUAGUUGCUCUUGAACUGUUAGCUUCAAACAUUGUUGAUGCACAGAACUCCCGCCCCAUUGAAGAUUUGUUCAGAAUAAACAUGUCUGAGAAGAAACGGUGCAAGAGAGUACUGGAGCAGGCUUUCAAAGGGGGCUGUAAAGCUCCUCAUGCUAUGAUAUCUUCUUGUGGAACCAUCCCAGGAAACCCAUAUCCCAAAGGAAAACCCAGUCGUAUAAAUGGAAUAUUCCCAGGAACCCCUUUGAAAAAAGAUGGUGAAGAAUGUACCAAUGAAGGCAAAGGAAUUGCUGCACGGAUUCUUGGACCAUCCAAACCACCUCCUUCAACAUACAAUCCACACAAACCUGUUCCUUACCCAAUACCUCCAUGCCGACCACAUGCAACUAUUGCACCAAGUGCUUAUAACAAUGCAGGUCUGGUACCAUUAGCCAAUGUCAUAGCUCCAGGUAUACCCCCUCCACCUCCGUAUACUCCAAAUCAAGGAGGAACAGAAAAUGAAGAUCUUUCCAAUCAGUCAAAACCUACACAGAAUCAAACAUUUUCUACCCCAGCAAGUCAGCUCUUUUCUCCUCAUGGUUCUAAUCCUUCUACACCUGCAGCAACUCCGGUCCCUACUGCCUCCCCCGUCAAGGCAGUCAACCAUGCAUCUGCAUCAGCACCUGCCACCGGUUCUGGAUUGAACAUGCCCAGCACAGUACUUCCUGUGUUCCCAGGCCAGGUCUCCUCAGCUGUCCACGUACCUCAGCCGUCAACACCAAACCCAACAGUGAUCAGGACCCCCUCCUUGCCCACUGCACCCGCUGCUUCCAUCCACAGUACCACAUCUGCUCCUGUUCCUUCCAGUUUUUCCGGCCUAGUGCCACUGCCCGGGCCUUCUGCUCCUCCAACCCCAGCCCCUCAGGCCUCAUCUACGCCUCGGGCCACUCUUGCUUCCAACGAAACAUUUGUUUCCACUAGCCUGUCCUUCUCUGCCAGCUCUUCUGUUGCUUCUACUAACAAGCCAAGUUCUGCUUCACUGUCAUCGGCUUUUGCAGGUGUUCCUUUGCCCUUAACACCAACAUCCCAUGGGGUAGCCCACCCAAUGCCUUCUGUAAUUGCCAGUGGGUCUGUUCCCAGCACCACUGGCCCACUGGGUGCAAACAGUCCUCUUCUGUCUGCUCUAAAAGGCUUUCUGACAUCAAAUGACACCAAUUUAAUCAGUUCCUCUGCUUUGUCAUCUGCUGUCACCAGUGGACUGGCUUCAUUAUCCUCUCUUCCUAAUCGAAACUCUGAUUCUCCUGCAUCAGCCCUUAACAAGUGCUAUGCCCCGUCCACUGUCCCUGCCAUGCAGAGGUCAUCCACUCCGGGGCUGGCCAUGUUCCCAGGCCUGGCCUCUCCAGCAGCUAACUCUAUCGCCACUCCCCCAACCCAGCCUGCACAAGCUCUGCUAGCUGCUCCUGCAGCCUCUUCAGCCACAGUGCCUGUGAGCUGUGGCUCCUCCACGGCCCUCCUGCAUGGCCCCCACCCUGGCCCCACAGACCUGCGUAUUUCCUCCAACCCUGCUGUAACAACUGUUCCAGUUAUGAUCAAAACUGAGCCCACCAGUCCUACUCCCUCAGCCUUCAAAGGCCCAUCUCAUUCCGUAAAUCCCUCUCACGGCACUUUAGGUUUGUCAGGGACUCUGGGUCGUGCAUACACUUCGACCUCAGUGCCCAUCAGUUUGUCUACUUGCCUUAACCCUACCUUGUCAGGUCUUUCUGGUUUGAGUACUCCCUUAAAUGGUUCCAACCCCCUUUCCUCCAUUUCCCUCCCGCCACAUGCAUCCUCCACUCCCAUUGCCCCAGUGUUUACUGCUCUUCCUCCUUUCACUGCGUUGACCAGUAGCUUUCCUUUACCCAGCAGCCCAUCUCUUAAUCCCUCCGUGUCUCUGGCAGGGUCAUUGAUAGCCGCCUCUACAGCCACGCCACACCCCAGCUCCACAGCAGCUGCACUCUCAGGGCUCUCCGCCUCAGCUCCCGCCUCGGCAGCACCUUUCCCCCUCACCCUGCCCACUGCCAUGCCCUCGCUCUUCCCAGUCACCCAGGGUCCUCUUCCCCCUGCAAACCCCUCCUACCCUGGCUUUUCUGUCUCAAAUACCCCGAGUGUGACCCCUGCGGUCCCUUCGUUCCCGGGGCUUCAGGCGCCCUCCACAGUGGCUGCUGUCACGCCCCUGCCUGUGGCUGCCACAGCCCCAUCACCAGCUCCUGUCCUGCCAGGGUUCGCCUCAGCGUUUAGUUCUAAUUUCAACUCUGCUCUUGUUGCACAAGCUGGUUUAUCAUCCGGACUUCAGGCUGCUGGCAGUUCUGUUUUUCCAGGCCUUCUGUCCCUCCCAGGCAUCCCUGGGUUUUCCCAGAGUGCUCCACAGUCAUCCCUGCAGGAAUUACAGCACAGUGCGGCUGCCCAGUCAGCAUUGUUGCAGCAGGUCCAUUCAGCUUCUGCUCUGGAAAGCUACCCAGCUCAGCCGGAGGGGUUUCCUGCUUACCCUUCCACACCUGGAACACCUUUUUCCUUGCAGCCAAGUCUGUCGCAGACUGGAUGGCAGUGAUCAUCUCUAAAUGUUUCUUGUUCUUGGGAUCAACUUGAGAACUGCAGCGAACAAUCUGACAAAUGUGAAAUUGGCCAAAAGUUAGAAUAUGAGGAUAGAUAGGCCUAGGAAGCUGGGACAAGAGUUGAAAAAUUCCUGUUGCAUU